AUUUUCAAAAAGAAGCUGGACCUUCACUGGAAGGCAAUCUGUCAGGAUUAACACAGGUUCAUUAACCUACUAUCCUUAUUACUGAAGUCCUAUAAGAGGAAACUUGACUUAUUCUUAAAGACUAAGGAUAACAUAUUAUUAUGAAUUACGAAUUUAUUUUUUUCCUCUAUCGUUAAUGACCUAGGUUCCUGCCUCCAGGUAUUUGAGAUCCACUGCUACUAGACACGAAACCCCGUUAAGCGAAAGCUUCUACUAUUCCGUCCACAACCAUUUGAAACAUUUGUAAGCGCACUUUAUGUAAGUGACGUUACUUUGCAGGUUGGGUCCUCCUAUGUCGUGGUUAGUUUGGUGUGACACUAAAUGUACUAACAUUUCACGUCUAACAUCAAUAAAUAUUGCUUAUAAAACAAAGUAUUUAGGUUGAAGUUUACCGGUUUCAUUAAAUAGCGCUGUUUUUAUUCUUAAUAAGAAGCUAACAGCUGCUUGAUUGAAGUUUAUGAACGAUCUUGGAGUACUUUUUAGCUAACGAAAAGACAGUGUUUGGUUAAAAAACAACUCGAAAUCAAAAUAGUAUUAAAUCUGUAGUUGACAGAGAGGUUUGGGCUCAAAUGGUCUUGGAUGAAAUAGAAGCUUUUUCCUAACAGGCCUCCGUACCUGGAAGUUGACAUAUUAGGUUUGAUCUCAGACCCAGGAUUGUGCGAUAAGAGAAAGACCCAAUGGCCUACAGUAUUCUUUUUUGAUAAGCCUAUUGUCGGACAUCCUUUCUUUAAAUAACCUAAGUUUCGGACACCAAUUUUUCGAAUAGUAGAAUCUAAAGUGAGACUAUAAUUUAUGGACGGCCUUUGAGCGACUCUAGAGUGACCUUGAGGGUGUCCACAUAACUAGUUUCAAACGAGGGUCAUAAACCUGUGUGAAGAGUUCGAAUUAGGAUUUACAGUUCAUAGUUAGGGUUAGGAAUUAUACUUGAGGUUUUCAUGACGAACUGACAGCUAUAAUGCUAAGACUCUAUUUAUGCAAAUAGAUAAGUGAAUUUUGCGAAAGUCCGAGACCUGUCAUCUUAUACCUGAUUGGUUCGUCCAUAAAUCAUAGUCUCGCCGUCUGUUAUGUCUGAGUUAUCCUAAUCUUGCAGAAAAGAGAGGAUAUAUUAGAUCCAAAAUGCUUUACAAUGCACCAUUCAGAAGUGGUGGCGUUAUUUUUUUUACCAAAUAAAUCAUAUUUUCAACUGUUGCUAACAUGCAAAAACUUCUGUUUAUACUUAUUUAAAUUAAAUUAUCAGUUAAAAUACCGUAAAAGUACUGGUUUCUGCAUAAUGUCAUUUUCAUAUCAGAUUUUGACCAUACUCUUUUUGAGAUUGCAGAAAACUUAUCAAGUGACUUCCACUUGGUGGAUUAUACAGUUCACCUGUGAAACAGGUUUCUCGUAUUCUUUUGUCAGUAGGAUACAGAAAAUCGUUUCUUGAGUUCAUUGUUUAUCAUUUUAAUGGUUACAGAAACAUUAUUUUAUACUAUGUUUUGUCUUUUCUCAGUGUUUACAAUGCUUUAUUUCUGUUUGAGUCUACUUCCUAAAAUAAAUAAUCCAGGAAAAACAUCAAUUGAAUGGAUCCACAUGCUUCUUUUUGGUCGAGGAUGGGAUUCAGUAUGAUAACUGCAACAACUGGCAUCAUAGUGUGUAAGCCGGACUCACUCCUGUUGCAUACAAGUUUUUAUGAGCCACAAUCAUGUUGACUGUACGAAACAAAUUGUUCUAUAAGAUCUCUGCUGAUUCUCGAGGCGAUUAGUCUCCUGAAUACAUCUAGAAAGCCUCCCUCAGUGAACAGAAAGGUGUAGAUGACAUGGGGGUAAUUUUCAGAUCUCGAGGAUUCAAUCAAUUCAGUCCCAGAUCUGAAUAAGACGACCAGAAUGUGAUCUCGAAACUCAGUAGUUGGUAAGCAUACUGAUGCAGAGGAAGCUACAAAAGUAGAGAAAAACAGGUCAAAGAAGAAAAAAAUCAAAAGGAGCACUAAAAAGUUUGAACCGACGGAUUGAGCCUCAGAAAGUCACACAAUACAACGAAGAUUGACAUGCUCACUUUAGAAGAUUUGACUAAGAAACAAGAUAAAGUGAAAAACUGGCUGAUUGUAUAGACGUGUGGCAACAGUAUGGUGUUGCCUUCGGCAACCAGCAUCUGCAGAGAUGCUGCAGACCCUAAAGACGUCACACUACACUAUAGCCCACGGAUCUUCGUCUCCAACCGUAGGACCUUUCGACUUACACAACUAACACAUCAAAAACUUCCCAUAAAAUGGCCGUGCGUCACCGGCCUUCAGCAUUUGUCCUUUGGGUUCAACGGUCACGCAACUUGAUCUCUAUGACCAUCAUUAAUUCAGCUUCUUCUUUAGGUCCUUGAACAAAUAUCUUUCCAAGGUGUUGGCAACCGAGGAGUGACAAUCGCACUCAUACCUCUGUCAGCACCCGAGAUCACCUUGUUGGCGAUCGAAUCCUUUCUUUAUCUCUUAAUAUUUAUUCCAUUUCCAUGGCUAACCCUAAUUUAUCUUUGUCGCCACGCACCACCAAUGCUAAUUGUUUGAGUUCACAAACUGUAAUUUCUGGUUUCCUGAAACCACGCUCUAAGCUACAAGUUGUAGCUUUUAAUGUUCGAAAUAUGUGCCAGGUAGGGAAACACGCUCCUUUAGCUAGAACUCCAGAAUCUGGCGCUAUCGAUGUAUGUUGUCUUAAAUUGCGCUUACAGAUCCAAAUGCAGUCAUUCAUUUAACCUCAAGUGGUACAAUUUGACCUUCUAGUAUCUGGAUAUCCCACUGCUACUUCCCACAGCCUCUCUGGUGUAGGUAUAGCAUUACGUUCUAAAGCAGAACUUGCUCUGUUGGACUGGAUCCCAAUAGACAGUCGCUUGCGCACUGUUUAACUAAACGGGACAGUAAGAACUCAAAAUGAUAGGGACCUCCGCUAAUUUUUUAGUUGUCUGUGCUUGCACUCCUACUGAUUCCAAUUCGAACGAAGUUAAAGACGAAUUUUGCAGGAAACUAUCCAACCUCCUUCAAAAAGAUGAGCGCCCUGAUGUAGUCAUGGUGGCAGAUGAUUUUAAUGCUCAAGUAGGUAAACUAAAUCACGUGGACGGGUCUUACGGUGUUGCGGCUCAGCAAACAGAUAACGGCAACCGCCUGUCGCUCGCGUAUUUUAGGACUACGGAGUAAGCAAUGUCUGGAUCAGAAAGAGUAUGAGGUAAAUAUGAGAAGUCGAUUGACGAGGCAGUAAAUCUUUACCGCCUACCUCAACGAGCUAUGUUUCCUGGUGCAGUAGUCUGAAACUUCCACGUGAUUAUCGUAACCCGUGAUUAAAGACUCCAAAUGAUAUGGCUAAAAAUCGUUUGAAAUGGCGCAGGUGCAUCCAUUCUUCGCCUUCUCGUAAAUCCUGGGAUUGUAACCUCAUAAUGACAUUUUUGUUUUUAUUUCACUGACAUAUCAGUCAGUCUUGAGUGCUGUUAGAGGUAUGAGGGCAGUUAUCACUUCCCGGUUGCCCACACCGUGGAAGGGUUCUUCUGGGGUUACCUGAAAAGGAAAUUGGGUUAGAAGUGGUUUUAAUGACCUGAGAGCGUGACCGCAGUGCCCAAGGCACAACUGCUUGAGGUCGGUCACACACGACCUUUUUGUGGGUAGUUUUUGUGUUAGCUCCGUUCUUCAAAAAAACCUUACCGCCGGAGACGGAUAUCCGUGGGAUAAGGCGAGGUGUGCAUUUUUGGGGUCGACCUUUUCUAACCUCACCCCUUCUUGUGGGAAAGCAGCAUCGCUGUCAUGCUGGUUGUCUGAAGAAAACACCUUACUGCUGUCACACCUCUGUACAGUCGGCAGUACGACUUCGGACCUUGGGUUUGCUGCUUUUAGUCUCAGCGCUCUUCAACCGACCUGUCUGGCAUGGUAGAACCUCGAGGAACGAUUGUUCCAGCCAGCAUAGCUCGAUUGCUUCAUCACGAUAGGCAAGCCCGACCACCACGUCAAGGUAGCAGCAACGGUCUUUCUUUUCGAGUCGUGUAUUCGAUACCCAACGUUUUCUGUUACUACCUCUACUAUUCUGGGAUUCGGCUUGACAACUUCAUUUCGGUGUGCUAACGGGUGUGGCAACUUGAACCGAUGUACAUACAUACAUCCCGAUCAAGCCGAUUGCUGAAGUAUUAGAGUAGGCGACUUCGUCGACCCCACUAUCAUAGCAUAAGAUCAUUAGAACAAUCGUUUGAUAACAAAUUACUAGGGACUCCAGUUCCCCUCGCUUUAGUCCUGGUCACUAUGGUCCUAUUAGUAGAUGAUCUGCAGCACUCUUCUCUCCUGAACUUAUUUCUAACUCACGAUGUUGAUGUUAGUAGUUUCCACCUAUAGGAAGGAGUAAUGAAGCGGUUAUCCUAGUCAGGUUCAUUGCUGCUGUGGUUUGUCAAGCAGAUGCGUUGGCUCAUCCUAACAAAUUGUUAUAUCCCGAUAAGAACAGUGAAUGUUAACCUUGGAAUCCAUUUAUGAAUUAAUACUAUGCAUAUAUUUUCUUGUCGUAUAAUUGCUAAAUAACUAAACUAUUCAUAUUCAUGUCCUCCUUAUUAUGAGCUUUGUUUUGACAUAUAAACUAUUGUAAUAUGAUUUACUAUUCUUGAAUUAUGCCCUGUCUACCAUUUACUAUCUCCCUUAUUCACAGCCACAUUUGGCUGAAUAUUUUACAAAUGUUCACAGUCAUGGCACGCACGAAACAGUCCACAUCGUACCAUAAAAUAACAGAUAGAAGACAAACACAAAUGCGAUGAACUCUGAGGCCUCGACCGAUGGGAAAAUCGAAUCGGAUGCAUCAGUGAGAAGAGGCAUGGAGCCGACUACGGCAGUUACACAACCAUGUAUAUCCUGGGCAGUCCCAAAAAAUUAAAGAAACACGACAGCCCCUGAUUAGACCGACAGGUUCGAUGUUUACUAAGACAAAAUCAAAAUUGUUAGAAUGUCGCCGUCAGCCCUGAUAUAGCAAACGAAAUAGAGCGGUACAAGUGGAUCCGAGGUAAGUGUAUAAACACAGUCCGUGCAGCUCAGCAGAAAUCUGGAAGCCAUUUGGGACAAUCUGUAACCAGACAGUCAAGACGGUUAUAUUCAUACAUCAAAUACAGGACCAGAACGCGCCCAUGGACUCCCAAUCUAAUCACUAAAGGGAGUGCAUCUCAAGUGUAGAGGAAAACAAAGCAGAAGUCAUGGUUUCAUUUUGGAAUGGUCUUCAUUCAUGACCAUCUUCUCGAUGAAGGGAUAAGCCCAGAACCAGUGUCAUCAAGUUAACCGCUCAAUGUAAUAGGGUUGUACAUAUUAUGGUGAACAUUCAACCUAAUAGAUGUCCGUCUUAAGACCCACAGGGUUGGGCAGCGGUCCUAAUGUACAAAAAGUAAAGGACUUGGAACAGACUCAAUAAGCCCCAAGUUCCAUGGAAAACACUUGGGAUCUAUUCUUGCCCUUUAUCGACAAAUUACAAAAAAGUUUAUGUCCCACUUAAACAGACCCAGCAAUUCGCAAAUUUUCCGGCUUCAGAAAGUGCAGCGCAGCUAAAAUCCAGUGAUUUCCCCAUUAUCAAACGACACCAUCCAUUCAUGCGAAGAACUAUAGGCUACACAUUGAUAUAAAAAAGGCAUUCACCAGCCCUGCGUCAUUGUUAAACUAUGUAACCAAGUUGGAGACCUCAAGUAAGGUAAUAAGCCUUGUUAACAAUUGCAAAUCUCCUUAAUAUUGAGUGAUUCGACUUAGAUGUUCGUGAAAAAGCACUAACCCUGGAUCCAGACUUGUAUGCAAAAACACUUUACAUCUACUGUUUUUAAGAGUUGCUGAAUUUUUCAGUAUAUUUGUCCAUUUCCGAUAGAUUAGAUGGUAACAAACUGCUGCAGUUUCCAACCAUAGUUGCCUUAUAUCCCACAAUUCUCAGGAAGCAAAACAAUAGACGACUGCUGAGAAUGGGCACCGUAUUCUCCAAACGUCAAAGUGUAGAAUUCGCCUUGAUCCCAUCUGAAGAAGUAAGCGGCCCUUUGGGCCUAGGUGACCCUGAAAGCAACGAAAUCACGAAGGUUGAAGAAGAGAGCCUUAUACCUGCGCUUAUGCACGAUAGAUUGAGAACUAAACAAUGUGCGGAGCUCUGGGACGGAUGGUCAAACUGUACAAAAACAUACUACUGGGCAGCGAUAUACAUCUGCAAGACGGACUUUCAUAAGGCAUUAGAAUGCAACAAAAAAUACCUACAAGACCCUGAGUUUCUCGAAGAGACGAAGGCUUUAUAUCUGAAGAUGCGUUCGAACUACAGGAGGACGGGGCUGGAGCAACGCGUUGUACGAACCGACAAAUAAUUGUAGUCUCAAAUAGAAGUUUCAAACAUUAUCACUUUCUUACUCUUUUGAAAUUGAAAAGCAACCAGGAGGUUAGAAUAAAAGCGUUGUAUAUUG